AUGAGUGAAUAUUCUCCAAUUGAAUAUAUAAAAGAAGACGAAGAAUUACCAACAUUUCUUGUUAUGUCUGCACGAUUUUAUAUGGGUUUACAAGUUGAUGCAAAACGUUUUCUUGUUGAUUUACCUUCUCUUGCAAUAAGUUAUUUAAUUUUUUCAUUAAUUCCAUCAUCUCAAUCUAUUCAUGAAAAUAAUCUUAUUCAAACUGAAAAUCAAUUUCAAGAUUUUAUUAAUAAUCUUUGCAUAAUAACACCAACAAAUCAAUUACCUGAACUUCAACAAAUCUUAGUAGAAAUCAACACUAUCUGGCAAAAUUUGAAUACUGCUGAACAUAUAAAAACUUCAUUAGAUAUAUUACACAUACGUAAACAUACAAAUGAAAUGCAGCUAAUAGCAUAUCGUUGGAAAAAUUUUUAUUUACUUAAUUCGAAUAAUAAAAAUCAACAACGACAAACUAUAUGUGAAGAAUUAACAACGGUAUUUUUUUUUCAUUUCUCAUUACCAAAUACUAAAUCAGUUAUUGUGUUUUUUUUAUUAUUGCAGGAUCAAAAUAUAUUAUCUAUUAAUGAUAGUACAUCUACAACAAUUAUUGAUAAAAUGAGUAAUCUAGAGCAAACAGUUAUUCAACGAUUACGAUGGGCUGCUGGUGCUGAUCCAUUAGUUCAAGAUGUAUUUGAUAAAUUUGAAAUUCGACAAAAAGAACGUGCUAAUCAAAUAGAUGUAUACAAAGACAAAAAAAAGACAUCUUUUCAUUUUUUUUCUUCUUAA